CCCCCAGGCCGGUCCGCAGAUUUGCACAGGAGAGCUUUCAGUGUGUGUUUGAUAAAAAUGCACUCAGAUGCAGCCAAUUUUCAGUUGAACUCUCAUCUCUCCACUCUGGCAAAUAUUCACAAGAUUUAUCACACACUCAACAGGCUGAAUUUGACUGAAGACAUUAGUCAAGACGAGCACCAGACAGGGAACUUGCGAUCUUGCAGUUCUUCAGACUGCUUUUCAAAAGCAAUGCCUCCUAGAAAAAAGAGAAGACCUACUGCAGGAGAUGAUCUGUCAGCCAAGAAAAGCAGACAUGACAGAAAGCACGAAUCAUCUAGGAUCAAGACUGAAGAAGAAUUUUCCAGUAAAAGAUGCCUUGAAUGGUUUUAUGAAUAUGCAGGUAGUGAUGAUGUUGUAGGCCCUGAGGGCAUGGAAAAGUUUUGUGAAGAUAUUGGAGUGGAACCUGAAAAUGUAGUCAUGCUUGUGCUAGCUUGGAAGCUAGAUGCACAAAACAUGGGAUAUUUCACUUUACAAGAAUGGUUGAAAGGAAUGGGGACAUUGCAGUGUGAUACAACUGAAAAAUUAAGAAAUUCAUUGGACUAUUUGAGAUCAGUACUAAACGAACCCACUAAUUUCAAACUUAUUUACAGAUAUGCUUUUGAUUUUGCACGGGAGAAAGAUCAACGAAGUUUAGAUAUUAACACUGCCAAAUGUAUGCUGGGUCUUCUUUUAGGAAAGACAUGGCCACUAUUUCCUGUAUUCAAUCAAUUUCUAGAGCAAUCAAAAUACAAAGUAAUAAACAAGGACCAAUGGUGCAAUGUGUUGGAAUUUAGUAGAACAAUAAGCCUUGAUCUUAGUAACUAUGAUGAAGAUGGUGCAUGGCCAGUCUUGCUGGAUGAAUUUGUGGAAUGGUAUAAAGAGCGACAGAUGUCCUAGCACUUAAAAUGUGGUAGAGCCAGCAUAAUCAUUAUCACAUUUGUCAACCGUUUAAUUAUUGAUUAAUGUUUGUAUUUACGUGCAUGCUGCUUUCAGCACGAUUUUCCAGAGACAGGAAAGCUCUGUGUUCACUGCGCAGCCGGCCAAAUGCUUAGUGUGGCAUUGCUCAUUGAAGGCUGUUCAGUAUUUUGAAAUGACACUAAAGUUGGUUGGAACUUCCGACGUUCACACUGUGAUGUGUAUAUUGCUGUCUGUAUUUUGUAGAUGUGUAUAAAGAAGCUUCAUGUGCACAAAGAGAUUUUUGGUUUAAGACAUUUUUUGAAUUGCUGCUUUUAUGUCUAUACAGUAUAUAAUUGUGUUACAUUAUUUUUUUAGAAACAUUUAAAAAGGAAAAAACCUACCCUGUACAGCAUUUUUCAUUAUUAAUAUUAUUUGUGGCUCAUUUUUAUUAGUAGAAAUGCAUCAAAUGGAAUUGGUCAUAAUCUAAAAAUAAAACUGUAAAUGUCUAAAGUCUACUGAUAUUUUGGAACUUGCAGAUUUUUUUUAGUAAUGUAAUAUUAUUUUUUCUUUUACAGAGAUGAAAUAACUAUUUCAGUUUCUUAGGCAGUGAAUAUGCAUCCUUUAAUGUAAUCUUUAUGUCAACUUGGUAUUUCUAUAGUAUUCUGAAAUGAUCUGUGCUACAUUAAAGGUUAUUGUCAAUGAAAGUCAAUCUCACAUUGAAGCUAAUCAUUUUGAUUUUAUUGAAGAUUCUUGUAAAUGUUUGCCCUUGGAAGAAAUUGUAAGAAUGUGAUUUCAGGACCUGUGUGACCAACUAUUCCGGGCCCUAGGUGCUCAAUUUUGAGCCAUCACAUGGAAAGAACACUUUCCAGGCCACUUGAUGUUUCUAGAGCUAUCCGACUAUGCACAAGAAAAAGAAGACAUUAUUCAAGUAAUUUGGAUGUAAAAUAAGAUUUUAGUUGCCAAAUAAAUUAAAUCUUUAUUUCUUCCCCAUUAUAAAAAGUUAAUUGCAUUUUAACACUGGUUAAAGUAAGUUACAAUCAAAACACAUCCUGAUUAUAGACCCUCACUUAUUUGAAAACAUUCAUCAAUCAGUCAUCCAUCUCUCCUUUUUCUAAACCUUCUUAAUUCAUGUUUAAACUCGCAGGUAGCAACACUGGGCUGCAAGCUUCAUCCAUCCCUUUGUAGGAAGCGCCACACAGUUGCAGGACACAAACAUACACAGCCACAUCAUGUAGGUUUUGAUUUAUCCCUUCCAGACAAAAAGGAGAACGUCUACAAAUAAUGGUUGACGGGCCAGCCUUCUAUAGCACCCUGUUUGCAUUGAUAGUAUUGCUUUUAAAAAAAAAAAAACUAACGAACCAAGUCCAGGAGUACAAAUACUGUUUUUAAUCAUGCCUGUUAUUUGCAAGGAUGUCAUUACACUGUGGCUAAACCAAAGUGUUUUGUUUAUUAGCUAAUUUAUGCCUUGAUGCACUUGGCGUAAAUGGAUCAGUGUUUUUUGGUCCUACUCAUUUUCCAGUGAUAUUGUAGUAUAUUUUAAUAGUGUCUGUCAAUGCAUAUAAUGAAAUGGCCUUUAAAGAAUCAAGGUUGGAAAACAUUAAAAAAAGUUCCCAAACAAUUACACCUUAAAAAUUAUUUCAAAUCUGCCUUAACCUCUUCAAUCUGCUUUUUUUUUGGAAACCUUGUUUUUAUGAAUUUCUGGACAUUCCAUGAUGUUAAAUCCAGGAAAGUUGUCAUUUCUGUUUGCUUCUAUAAUACACUGUAUAGUUUUGAUCUUGUCACCCUGGUGAUGGCUUUCCAUUAGCAGCUGUGAAGGGACACUGAAGCAGAGGCCGCUUAUCAGCUUGGUGUGCCAGGCUUCUAUUCUGGGGUAUUUGUUGACAUGUGUCAUUGGAGUCCACUGCUUUCUGAAAGAAGACCAAAUCAUCUUAAAGAAUCAGUUAUUGGGUCUAAUAAAUGGAAGACCCUUGCAUGUUUUAAAAAUAAAUGUUAAUUUGUAAGUUUCUUUUUUUUCUUUCAUGGUCUGACUUUGCCUUUUUUGAUUUCAUCACGUCUGUAGCCAUCUUCUGUUUCAGUAAACAUCUGAGCCUAUGGAUAAUGUUAACAGUGGUGCUUGCAAGUGUUCAUAUUUUGUAUUGAGGUCAUGGGUGCACCACUUUAAAUGUUAUGUCUUCCAUGUUAGGAGUGUAAUAUACAUAACUGUAAAAUGUGUACAGUAUAAUAUGCUUUUUAAGUGUAUUUUAUGUUUAUGGUUUUCUUUUUUUAAUACGCAGAUAGCUAUUGUCAAAUUAAAGUAAUUCCUGAAUUUG